GACGCCACCGACGUCGAUGGCUGAUUUCGGGAUGGAUACGGAUUUCCUCGGCGAGGAAAACUUGUCCAUGGCGGUCGAUUCAGACCCAAAGCAGUCUGCUGAGGCCAAGGCUGGUGGUGGUGGCAAGAGACAACCCAUCACCAUGUGCAUCUGCCCUGGAUGUAUUUUUCCGAAGUAUGCAGGUUCCCGGUUCUGCGCUGAGGGGGACCAUAAGAAGGGUUGGGACAAUAUGCUGUACCAACGCCGAACAAGGAAGGAUCUCUCUGAGGAAGACCGGACCGCCUUUGACGAGGCCAUGAAAAGUGACGAUGUGGCCGGGAAAGCCGUCCUGGAUUUCAGCCGAGACAACCCACCUGAGCUAAAACGCAAAGCCCUUGUAGACUUCGCCCAGUUCAGGCGGAUCGUAGGACACAGGCUCAGCGCGAAGGACGAGGCAGGCGAUGUGCCAAUGACCGAGAGGGCGUUCUAUCGUCAUUGCGACAAUGUGCUGGGCCUCGAGGCCGAGGAAGCCAAAGAGUACUGGAAAGAGUUCUACAACAACCCUCUCAUUGCACGCGACAAUGACGGGUUUAAAGGCGCAGAGCAGCUCUGGGUGCCAGCGCACAAAAUGAGGCUGAAAGCCAGAGAGCACUACCGCGAUCAUCAGGCCGUUGAGUCUUCAGAUCAGAUCAAGGCACCGAGCACGGAGACCCGUAACAUGUUGGCCAAGCAUCUGACUCGACAAGACAUGACUUUCGGCUCCGAUCUGUUCAACAUGACUGAUGAGCAACACAAGGAUGUUCAUCAAGUGACGCCUAAGAAGUCGAAGCCUUCUGCUCCUGGCCCGACGGAGGAAGUGCUCGUGACACCUGAGAAGACCAAGGAAGUGAACUUAACUCGUGAGCGCCCCAUGCUGCACCGGCAAAUGGAGACGGGGAUGAACAAGCUGCGUAACGAAUUGGCCAAGCAACUGGGGACGAUGUCGCAAGUCCAAGAGGCUUGGCAGAAGCAUCCCUCGGAGCUGAAGAGCAAGGAUCGAGCCGCCUUGCAGUUCUUGCGGAUCUACCAGUUUCGCUUUGAGGUGAUUGCUCGUUUGGCUGGUGCGGCUGACGCAAUCACUAAGCUGGUGCCUGAUGGACAGGCGUCUGCUGCAGAGGGUGUUGCAAACCCGUCGUCACCUGGUUCAGCGAUGACAGGGCUCACGCAAGAGGAAUUGAACAAGGCGGCUGCGCAGUCCAUGAAAAUGGACUUCAAGGACUUUCUGGCUCAGGAGUUUGUCGCCUCCCAGAAGUUUUGGGAAGGGGACGGCCUCUGCACAUUGGACUCUCUGCGUCACGUGCAGGAGACAGUCUUGGAUUGUGCUACGGCUGAGGAGUUUCUCCAAAGCAAAAAAACGUGGCAAGAUGCUGAGAAGGCCAUCCAGCUGUGCAUCAAGGGCACCAAGGUCAGUUGCGACGAUGUGGUGAAACACUUGAAGUCGAUGGUCAUGGAAGACAAGCGCCAGAAGAAACGAAAGCAAAGCCAAGAUGAAAAGGAAGCACUCAAGAAAGCAAGGAUGGAAGCAACAGAGAAGGUCGCGGAGAUCAAGAGCAGGAAGGCUGCUGGGGCUCCCAUCCCCAGUCUCUUCACGGCCUCAGUUGACACUCUUGAGCGAGUCGGCACCUAUGCUGCAGCGGAUUUAGCCAGCGGCAGGGAGGACAUUUGGAGAUCGCCGUGGAAGCUGGCCGAGAAACAUGACGCCUUGACUGAGGCCUUGGGCGAUGCGGCUGCGCAGAAAAGCUUGACUGCGUGGGGAGCGCAGUACAAGAGGAUGCAGAUACAAGCCAAAUUGGACACAGUCACCGUGGCAAUGCAGGAAGGCAAGGGGAAAGAAGUCAUGGCCAAGUUGUUUGAAAGCCUCACGAAGAAGGAUGACAUCACAGACGUUUCAAGUGUCCCCGGUGGCUCUGGCUUCAUGUCCGCAUGUUGGCUUUAUGGCUCUGCGGCAGAGCUCAAAGCCGUCGGCGUUCUCCCGAACCAUAGCUGCAUGAUGAAGUUGCUGGUGAGUGGAGAGGUUCGUCACAUCUUUGUGCGUGCAAAGGACUUGCUUGGAGUUCUUUACAAGACCAAAGUCAUUGAGUCAGAGCACGAUCUCCCGUCGGCCCUGGGGCAUCUGCAAGGGCUCGAUGCCGCGGGUUUGAUGGACUUGUGCAAGUCCGGGGUUAACAUCCUCGAAACGACGCAGCAUAAAGGUGAGUUGCUCUUUGUCCCAAUGGGCUGGGUGGUGGCGGAGAUUGCAAAUCCAUCAGUCCACCUGUUCGGUGUGCGGAAAUCCUUCAUGCUCAGAUCCAGCAAAGAUGACUACGAGUUGUUCAUGAAGAUCGUUGCAGCGCGGGGUCAAAACACUGACAGAAUGAAGCAGAUCCAUACUUUGAUGGUGAGUGACAAAGACAAGGCCAAGCCAAGUGAGAAAGAGCAGGGAAAGCCAGCGGCCAAGGCCAAGCCGGCAGCGGAUGUUGCUGCAAAGCAGCCGCCUCCUGCUGCUCCAGCAGCUCCACCGGCUCCACCUGCUGCAAGUGUGGCGGAAGGCGCAGCCCAAAAGCACUGA